UCAACUUUUUCACUUCGAUUAAAUAAAAAAUUUUUCGAAAGCAAUGUUCGAUUUCUAAAUUAUUUGUAUGAAGCUAUGUGAUAUCAUUACUUGGAAAUAACGAAUUAACUAUUCUGCAAGUAUCAGCAAUGGAAAACAGGUCAAAACUGAAUCCUCAGCUUCAUCAAUGUUCUACAGACGAAAUAGAUAGCAAUAUUCAAAAUAAUGUGAAUACUCCACCAAUUGAAUGGUAUAGUGCUGCUGUGAAUGUUGAACAUAAAUCCCAAUCGGAAAAAAUUGAGGACCAUAGUUCAGUGCAUAAAAAGUGUCUUAUUUCCGCAAAUGAUGCAAAACCAAGCUCCAUUGUCGUACUGGUAAAUGAACAUAAGUCACCAACAGACCCAGAAUUACAGCCUCUAACCAUAUCCAACAUUAAAGCAGCGGAAAAUUUGGAACCAAUAUCAGCCUCACCUAAUAAAGAAAAUGAUGAAACUUUAUGUCUUACGCAACAAACUGUUAGAAGUAGUGGGCGUAAUUCUUUGAGUGAAUCACAAAGCCUACGUAAAACUUUGCAACAACUGCCUUCAAAUGUAACGGUGCACCGACACCGACGUCAUUAUUCACCAAAAACACAAUCAAAUCGUACGGCAGAUACUAGUUCGUCUAUUCAAGAAGGUAUUAUAGGAUUUGUGAGUCGUGAACAGAAGCAACAGCUUUUAACAACUUCAGCACAUAGUAUAUUGGACAGUGGAGGAGCAACUCGAAAAUUACAGUCCUUUUCGGAUCCACAAGCAAGUCCAGCACAACGCUCAUUACGCUGCCGCAACAAUUUUGACAAAAGUCCAAGAAGAAAACGAAGUAAAUCAGAAUCAAGACGACGCAGAGAGAGAAAAUUAAUAGCUGCCGGGGAAAUAGAAGUGCGUCAAGCAAACGAAACGUUAAUGCGAUAUCUUAAACAGUGUUCAGAAAUGAAUGACGCCUCUUUAUCAGGUGAACUGGAAAUCGAUAAAAAUAUCGAUGAGCGCAAGAUUAAUCGAAAAUCAGAAUCACAGCGAAGCAGACGUGGGCGAUUACUAAGUAAAAUAUACACAGCUGGAGGCUUAUCUUCUAUAAUGAAAGAACUUUCUGAUGAUAUAGUUUCCUCGGAAAAGGAAGAUAUCUACAAUCCCUUUACACCAAUCGUGUCCCCCACUGAUGAUAUACCAGCUCAUUUAAGUAAAAUGUUCCUUCAAACAUCAUCGGGGUAUCGACCAGUAGAACAUUUUUAUAAUAAGUGCUCAUUUGAUGGUGUUUAUGGAGAAAGAAUUGGUAGAAAUGGCACAAUAAGGAGAAAUAACGAUUGUUUUGAAGGUUCUAAUAAUAAUUUAAGUGGAUUAUCGUGUUUAAAAACCAGUGAUAACAUAAAUACUCGACCACCAUUUGAUGUUGACAAAACUGAAUACGAGAUAACAACAUGUAUUCAGUUGGCUUGUGUCAUUCAGCAGAUUUGGUUACUAAUUGCUAACGUUUGCCAUGGUUUGUUAGCUGGCCUUGCAUUGGCUCACUUACUUUUUGUGCUUGGUACUAUGCAUAUGGAUUGGUCUAACACUAUAAGUCAGUUAAAUAUUAUAGAAGAAACUGCACAUAUAAAAGGUUUCCACAUAUUAAGUAAUGAUGAUGGUUCUAGCAACAGAUCAACAAUAUUCUCCAACACAGAAAAUACAAAGGCAGUACUAAUAAUUGGUGACUAUGCUGCGUUUGCCGACAUAUAUUUAAAUACAUUUUAUUGUUUAGCAAUUCCUUGCUUGAUUUCUAUAUUUGAUCGCAUGGACAUUUAUCAAUGGAGUCUCCAUAACGCUUCUGGGCUGAUAUCGUUUCGUAUGGUUGUUAUUGCCAUGAUUUAUACAGCUACAAUAGUUUUAACUAUUUGUGGUAUUUUCAAUGAUGAAAAACUUUUAAAUAUUAAUAAUUCUAAUGCGACUCAUAAACCAGAGCAAUUGAUCAGCAGUAGGAUUAUGUGCGUACACAGUAGUUUAUCUAUUACACGGAGUAUUGCUGCAAUAUGUGGUUGGGUUAUGAUUGGCUUAAAGCCAUACUUCGACCUUUUAUAUGAGGACUUAGUAAACUUAACUAGGCAUGAACUAAAAAUUACUUUUACGUACAGAGAUAAUACAUGAAGAAUCCAUAUUUUCUAAUCUUAUUUUAAUAUGAAAUUCAUCAAUUUUAAAUGAAGAAGUCAUUAUUCGU